AUGCUCAGUUCUUUGAGAGCUCUGAUUAUCGCCCAAAUCCUGGUGGCUUUGUUAAUUUGUCUCUUGCUCCCGAUCACCGGACUCUACUCCGUCUUACCGAUUCCAAUCAUGUUCAGCCUGCACCAAGGCUUAUUUCCAUUCCAUCAAUUCACUUAUUUUAUUUAUAUUUCUCUCAACUAUACUCUGAUGCUUGCUGUCGUUCUCUGUACCCGCACCGCUAUUCGGAACGCCUUGGUCGCUUGUCACGUUCAAUUCUUCGAAUGGAGCCAUGAAACGAGCCUGAACUUGGUGGAAACCUUCUAUGCUACCUCUUUCGUGAUUGCGUUCAUCAUGAACAUUUAUCCGGCGAUUCAUGUCGUGGAAUGGGAUCAGGAUUCGAUGUGGGCUGCCGCUUUCCAAACGGAUCCGAGGAUAAAGGAUUUUUUCAUCGAGUACAAACCGUUCUUCGUGUGCUACAAGAAAUGGGUGAUUGUCAUUUUUGGAGAGGUUAUUGCAGCUUCCAUUUGCCUGGUCUUCUCGCUUUUCUUUCUUGCUCACAUGUGA